GUUCAAGAUGUGAUUGAAAUUCUUGAUAAUGCCGAAAAAUAUAUUCCUGGAUUAUAUCCCCUAGAGAUUGAUCAAGACUCCGCUGAGUUUAUAGGAUCUCAUGUGUCUUUUGGUCCUUUAGGAGACAGUUUUUAUGAAUACUUAAUUAAAGUAUAUGUUUUUACCGGAGGUGCAUUGGAUCAAUACCGAAGAAUGUAUAUUGAAUCGGCCGAGAGCAUGCGUAAAUACCUUGUCAAAGAAGGUAGGGUUAGAGAUCGAUCCGAUUUAUUAUUUCUUGGUGAAUUAUUUCAUGAUAUGUUUACUGGGAAAAUGUGUCAUUUGGCGUGUUUUGUUCCCGGCAUGCUUGCGGUUGGUGCAAAAAUUCUUGAUCGACCAAAGGAUCUUGAAAUUGCCAUUGGAUUAGCAGAAACUUGCUACUGGUCUUAUAAUGUGACUGUAACUGGACUUGGACCAGAAGAAUUUUGGUUUCUUACAUCUGCUGACGAAUUAACUCAAAACGAAGUUGAUUGGUUAAAAAAACAAGAAGAGACGGAUAAUCUUCCGAAUGGAUUGGUUAGAAUGUCGCCGACUUAUUUAUUGAGGCCAGAAACUGUUGAGAGUUUAUUCAUUUUGUAUAGGAUAACAGGUGACAAAAAAUAUCAAGAAAGAGGAUGGAAGAUAUGGCAGGCCAUUGAGAAAUGGUGUAAAACAUCAACAGCAUAUUCUGGACUGGAAAAUGUCAACACAGAAAAAACUGAAAUGAAUAAUAUUAUGGAAAGUCCACCUGAUGUUAUGUCAUUGGACACUUAUGUAUUUAACACUGAAGCACAUCCUUUACUUAGAAUGUUAAAACCUUGA